UAUACUGUAUCAGCGGCACGUAUGUCUGUAGUCAUGGGGCUUGGCUGCUGAGGUCCUGCGGUUCUCUCUUAUGAACUGAAGGUCUGGGCUGUGGACGAUCUGUGUGCUGCUAUUCUCUCAGCAAUACUCUACGGAGAAUCUGUUGGUUCUAGAAUAUCGAAACUUGGUGAUCGGUCAGUUAUGAGUAAUAAGGAAGGAUGUGGAGUGUUAAAGAAAUGCAAACAUGAUUUUAAAUCAUCUCAAUGGAAGGAUGAUAAAGGAAGUAAUAUUGACUCUUCAUCUCCUGUCAUCAUUGCUUUUAAGUCUUUCCAACAGGAGCUAGAUGCAAGACAUGAUAAGUAUGAGCGUCUUGUGAAGUUGGGCAGAGAUACAACAAUUGAAAGCAAGAGAACAAUAUUUAUUUUACACCGAGUUAUCAGUGAACCCAACAAAGAUGAAGUGCUAAAGGAAGCAAAGAAAAAAUUAGAUUCUAUUCGGGAGAAAAUAAGACAAAUGGCUAAAGAGUUAUUAGGUGAAGAUAUGUAUCAAUAUCACAGAGCUUUUACUUCUGGUCUUCAAGAGUAUGUUGAAGCUGUCACCUUUCAACAUUUUAUUAAAAAUCGAACUCUUCUAAGCCUUCAUGAUAUAAACAAAGGCUUAAUAUUUGAAAACAUGGAAUCUACUACCAACAUUGAUUCCCUUGGACAAGAAGAGAGAGAAGCAAAUGCCUUAAGUCUUCAAAUAACUUCUGUGGAUUACUUGCUUGGAGUAGCAGAUCUUACUGGAGAGCUUAUGCGAUUAUGUAUAAGUAGUGUUGGAAACGGAGACAUAGAUACUCCUUUUCAACUGACUCAAUUUUUGCGUGAAAUUUUUGAUGGAUUUGCUUACAUUGGGAACACAGGGCCCUAUGAAAUUUCUAGAAAGCUCUAUGCAUUAAAGCAGAGCCUGUCAAAAGUGGAGAAUGCCUGUUACACACUGAAAGUGAGAGGGUCCGAAAUUCCGAAACACAUGUUGGCAGAUUUGUUUGUGUCAAAAUGUGAACUCCUUGAACAUGAUGAAGGCUUAUCUUAACUCUGUUUGAAAUUUGUUAACUUCAUUUAUUUUUAUAUAACCUCCUAAGUGUGUGUGUGUGUGGGGAGGAGGCUUACAAGAACCAGGUUCGGGUAAGAGAGAUAAGCCUGCUUGCAAGCUUUUCCCCCUCAAACACAAUAACCACACAAGUAUAAAGGUUCCAACUCCAUUUUAUUGAUUGAUGAAACAGUGACACAAAAAAAAGGAUACUGUAGCAAUUUCACUUCCCCUGGAAAAGCUUACUACCGCAUCUACAACAUUGUAACAAUAGCAACUGACUAUUACAGUUUUAGUUAUAAACAUACAGUCAAGCAUAAGGAUUGGCAUACAGUUUUCUGCAGCUUUAAACGUUAAACAAACAGUCCAGCAUUAAAGAAAAACUCCUGAUGACGGGCUAAUGCCCGAAACGUCGAAUUACAGCACUUCUUUGCACCUACUUACAAGUCUCCGAGUGCCACCAUUUUGCGUAUAUAUAUAUAUAUAUAUAUAUAUAUAUAUAUAUCUUUCUUAUUAUAGAAUAUGCUGACAUUUGGACUUAGCAGGUAGGUAAGGCCUUUGAAGAGACAUGUAUUAAUUAUUUACAAAGCAUCUAACUAUGCUAGUAACGGUGUGGGGUUCCACUGGCAAUUGCAAAUGAACUCAUCCUUGCUAUUUCCGUACUUGCAACACUUUGGGAAUGUUGACUAAGCAGAUCUACAGUAAGGAGAUUUUAUUGCAUGUGUUACAUUCAGUCAUCCCUCCAACUCCCUGAUUGUGUUCUAGCAGCAAUCCAAAAUGAAUGGCAAAGAAUGAUAGGAUCCUCACUUUUUUUCUUUUCUUUACCGUAAGAUGCCUGGCUAUUAUUUAUAUUUUCUUUUAAAAGUGCUCUAAAUCAUGAGAAAGCCAAUGCUUGUGAGACUGUGUUGAACCAUUGUACAAGCAACAAUUCCAUGGUUUGUUAUAGAAAAGACAUCCCUCUUAUUAUACAUAUUGAUAGCCCUUCUGGUUUGUAAAUAUUUGCAUAUAACAAUGAUUCAUGGCAAUGCAUCCAUCUAAAGCAGCUGGCAAGAUGCUACUCACCUUUCUAACGGAUCUUUUUCAGAAGUUGUGCAAUUGUCGUACAUACUGUGUAUUUGUUCCUUCCAGUCUUUUGUUAAUUUUGAUAUCCUUUUAAAUAAAUGCAUCUUGCAAGAA